AUGGGAAAUAGUCAUAGCACGCCAGAAGGAGCGUCAGAAGAGAAUUGGCACGUCUUCAAUUUUGAAAAGCGGCUUGGUUUUUCAGAUUACGAUGCUUCAGAAGUUGAGCUUGCAAUGCUUCGAAACAUGAAAAAUUCUUUAAUUACAGAGUUUUCUUACAGAAAUAUUGAAUCAUCUCUGAAGUUAAGAUAUAAAGAAACUUUUCGACAGCUCGUUUUUGAAAAAUUUCAAGCUGAAGAUGGAGCCAUUGAUGGCAUAAAAUUAGCAACUUUAGGAUUGCUGCUGUCUAGAGGCUCAGAAAGAGAAAAAAUGACAGCUAUUUGGAAUAUUUUUGAUGAAGCAGGAAAAGGGGAACUCGAUAGAAAACAAUUUGGUGUCAUGAUAACUACUUUGUUUUUAGCGUCAUUAGGCCCUACGAUUGAGGUUUCUGUAAAUCAGGAUUUUACUAGUAAUGCUCUUUCAAAAUGGGUAGAAAAAUUGGAUCGAAAAAUUCCAGAUUCUGUGAAAGAAAUUUUGGAUUUUUUCUUGGAUCAAAACCCAUCUCUGUCGAUAAGUGCAUUUUUAACUAAGCUUUUUGAGGGACCAAGAGGGGAUUUGUCAAACACUUUUGUGAUAAGAAGGCAAUUAGAGAGGGAUGAGUUCGAUGAGUUAUAA